CAGAUGUGAAGAGUGAUUCAUGUUUGGAUAUAGAAAUAACGUCCUCAACAUCAAAAGAGCGACUGACAGCACAAACUCUUUCCUGCAUCACCUGUGGAAAGACAUUCAGCUCACAGAGACAUUUAGAGAGACAUGAGAGAAAACACACAGAACAGAAACUCUUCAACAGAUCUGAGAUCAGUUUUUCUACCUUACAAGAGAAGAAACUUCAUUCAGAAGGCCACAGAGAGAAGCAGCAGUUUCACUGUGAGCAGUGUGGGAGGAUUUGUGUAUCUUCUUCUAAACUAAAUGUUCACAUGAUGACACACAGUGGUGAAAAGCCUUUCAACUGCACUGAAUGUGGAAAUUACUUCAAAACCAAAGACAUUCUUAAAAUUCAUCAGAGAGUUCACACUGGAGAAAAACCUUACGAGUGUCCUCACUGUGAGAAGAGAUUUAACUGUAAACAUAAUCUGAAGAGACAUGUGCUUUUACACACCAAUGAGAGACCGUAUCAGUGCAGUGAAUGUGACAAAACCUUUAGGGAUUCAGGUUCAUUAAAAUCACACCAGUUUACUCAUAAAGAGAAACUCCAUCAGUGUUCACACUGUGAUAAACGUUUCUGUCAUAAAUAUCAGCUGAUAAUCCAUGAGAGAGUUCACACUGGAGAGAAACCUUAUCACUGUAGUCUCUGUGGGAAGAGUUUUAGUCUAAAGCAGAACUUACUAAAUCACAAAAGAAUUCACACAGGUGAAAAACCUUUCAAAUGCUCUCAGUGUGACAUGACGUUUGCUUAUUCAGGUCACUUGAAAGCCCACCAGAGAGUUCAUACUGGAGAGAAACCUUAUCACUGUAGUGUCUGUGGGAAGAGUUUUAGUCAAAAAAAGACAUUACUAAAUCACAAGAGACUUCAUACAGGUGAAAAACCUUUCAAAUGCUCUCGGUGUGACAUGACGUUUGCUCAAUCAGGUAACUUACAAGCCCAUCAGAGAGUUCAUACUGGAGAGAAACCUUAUCACUGUAGUGUCUGUGGGAAGAGUUUUGGUCAAAAAAAGACCUUACUAAAUCACAGGAGAAUUCAUACAGGUGAAAAACCUUUCAAAUGCUCUCAGUGUGACAAGACGUUUGCUCAUUCAAGUUCCUUAAAAGCCCAUCAGAGAGUUCAUACUGGUGAGAAACCUCAGCAGAUCCUGCAGACCAAACUGAAGAUGUGUUCAGUUAAACUCAUCGACUGCAAGAACCUCAUGAUGAAGACUAAAACCGAACCCACAGAAAUCAAAACUGAACCCCCAGAAAUCAAAACUGAACCCACAGAAGAGGAAGAUCGCACCGAGGAAGAUGAUGAUUUCAUUACAGAAAAAGAUACAGAAUCUCAAUUCUUCAUCCUUCUUUGUGAUGUGAAGAGUGAUUCAUGUUUGGAUAUAGAAAUAACGUCCUCAACAUCAAAAGAGCGACUGACAGCACAAACUCUUUCCUGCAUCACCUGUGGAAAGACAUUCAGCUCACAGAGACAUUUAGAGAGACAUGAGAGAAAACACACAGAACAGAAACUCUUCACCAGAUCUGAGAUCAGCUUUACUACCUUACAAGAGAAGAAACUUCAUUCAGAAGACCACAGAGAGAAGAAGAAGAAGAAGAAGCAGUUUCACUGUGAGCAGUGUGGGACGAUUUGUGUCUCUUCCUCUGAUCUAAAUGUUCACAUGAGGAUACACAAUGGUGAAAAGCCUUUUUACUGCACUGAAUGUGGAAAAUACUUUAGAACCAAAUCCAAUCUUAAAAUUCAUCAGAGACUUCAUACAGGUGAAAAACCUUUCAAAUGCUCUCAGUGUGACAAGACGUUUGCUCAGUCAAGUUAUUUACAAGCCCAUGAGAAAGUUCACACUGGAGAGAAACCUUACGUCUGUGAUCACUGUGGAAAGAGCUUCUCUAAAUCAUCUCAAUUCAGAGUUCAUCAGAGAGUUCAUACUGGAGAAAAACCUUAUCACUGUAGUCUCUGUGGGAAGAGUUUUAGUGUAAAGGUUAGAUUACUAAAUCACAAGAGAAUUCAUACAGGUGAAAAACCUUUCAAAUGCUCUCAGUGUGACAAGACGUUUGCUCAGUCAGGUUACUUACAAGCUCAUCAGAGAGUUCAUACUGGAGAGAAACCUUAUCACUGUAGUCUCUGUGGGAAGAGUUUUAGUGUAAAGCAUACAUUACUAAAUCACAAGAGAAUUCAUGAAAAAUCUUACAAAUGCUCUCAGUGUGGCAUGACCUUUACUCAGUCAGGUUACUUAAAAUCCCACCAGAGAGUUCAUACUGGAAUGAAAUCUUAUCACUGUAGUGUUUGUGGGAAGAGUUUUACUCGCCAUGGCAGUUUAGUAUUACACCAGAGACUUCAUACAGGUGAAAAACCUUUCAAAUGCUCUCAGUGCGACAAGACGUUUGCUCAGUCACAUUACUUACAAGCCCAUCAAAGCGUUCAUACUGGAGAGAAACCUCAUCACUGUAUUUUCUGUGGGAUGAGUUUUAGACAACAGUAUGCCUUAAUAAUUCACAAGAGAAUACAUACAGGUGAAAAACCUUACAAAUGCUCUCAGUGUGACAAGACGUUUGCUCAGUCAAGUCACUUGAAAGCCCAUCAGAGAGUUCAUACAGGUGAAAAACCUUUCAAAUGCUCUCAGUUCUCAGUGUCCUUAUCAAUUUAAAAUCAUUAUGAGUCGGAGUCGUUUAUAAUGUGCAUUUAAAAAAGCAACACUCGUUAAACAAAAUCAUUCAAAAUAUUCUUUAUUAUCAUGAAAAUACCUGAAACAAUUUGAAGAACAGCGUAUAAAUAUUCCCGUGUAGACAUUUCCUGGAAUAGCGUUUGUAAUGCUACUUCUUGUGUGGCACAAAGGGAGUUUCUGCAUGAGAGCGCCCCCUGGCAUUCGGAUGUGCCGGGAUUUCACCGUAAUUCAUUAAAAUUCAUUCAUUGAGAUAACGCGCAUUUGCCAAUUAUUCGUUACACCCCUACUCACAAAUGAUGUCAUAAGGGGCUCUUAUUAUAAUAAUACCACCCCUUAAUCUGCACUAUCCAACCACAGCACUGCCAUUAAGUUCAGAAAAAAGUACAAUUGAGUUUUAAUUGCAACAAACCACCAUCAUUGUGAUUAUUGUGUUUGAAUUUUAUCAGCUCAUUUGCAUUUUAAAGGACGCACCCAAAACGGCACAUUUUUACACACACCUACAAGGUGGCAAUUUUAACAUGCUAUAAUAAAUUAAUUAUAUUUUGAACUAAAACUUCACAUAUGUGCUCUGGGGACACCAAAGAUUUAAUUGACAUCUUAAAAAGUCUUGUGCCAUGGCCCCUUUAAUUGACUAGGAAACGGUGAGGAAACGGUUAUUUCAUGAAUAUGUGGCCAUGAUUUUAAAGAAUAACAUUAAAUGUUUACACGUUAACACAUCUGACUCAUUAAAAGUAGCUAUCAUUUUAGAUAUCAGCUAAAUAAAGGCCUCCAUCGCAGAGCUUUAUUGUUUUAUAAUUCUUUAAUAACAGUAGUUAUAUCUAUAAACAGCAGACAUCCAUAAUGCCAUUGCCUAAUAAACUGCCUCAGGUGACACUGAACGCUGUGCUGUGGUUACUCAUAAGAACACAAGGUUUGCAAAAAAACUGGCUCUUUUUUGCGAGCGAACGCAAUAUCUUUUCAAUUGUUGAAAUAUAAUUUUAAGUCAUUGUCUUUAUCUUAUUGUAUAUAUAUUCAUCAUGUUUGAGAGCAAAACCAAAUAGAACUGUCCUGUAAAUGAUAAUGUAAGUGGGUUCCUGCAAGUUCCUGUCUCUUAUCUUAAUAUGAAAGAAAUUAGCCAGGUAACUGUGACCCUGGUACCUUUUGUUUUAUUGUUUGAGUUGAUGGCCAUUUGUUUAUGUUUGGGCCAAGGGUCUGAGUCAAAGUGCUGUUGUGUUUUGAAUAACACAUCAGAUAAAGGGACACAACACAGGUCAUGAGCAUUACUGUCCUGCCUAAUAUUUAUGUGAUUUAUUACACUAAAGAGUACAUGAGUACAACACACUGUACUAAUACAGUGCCAUAAUAUCGUCAUCCAAAAUAAGGACACUUGAGUAAUUUGAGUAGUUUGAUUUGUACAUUUGACUGCAUUCUUUUUCAUUUCUGAAUUUUUACUUCAAGAAUUUGAUAACAGACUAAUAAAACUAUUGGAAUAACUGAAAAAGCUAUUAUAUUGCUGGUCACUAAAAUGGUAUUUACUAUUAUGUGACAAUUUCUUAUCUUUUGUUACUGUAUUAGUUGCAGAGAUGGGCAUAAAUAGAUGGAAAUGUAUUUCAAAUACAAAUACAAAAUACUGUUUUGAAAAAUGUAUUUAAAUACAAAUACAGUAGGCCCUAUUUUGUAUUUUAAAAAUACACAAAAUACAUGUGAAAUUGGUGAUUCAGUGCAAGUAUUAGUAGGCUGAAAUCUAUCUGGGUCUAUUUCUGAAUGCCAAAAAGCAUUUAGAUGUGUGCAACUGCUUAGAAACUUGUAGUUUAUAUUUUUUUUUCAGGGGACCCAGAAUUCUCUAGCUACGGCCCUGAUUUUGGUCAUGAUGUUCUUUUAAAGUUUUAUUCUAAGGUGGUUAUUUUAACACAUUUUAACACAAAACGUCUUACAAAUGUUGCAUUUUGGUCAGGUUUUGUUUUCAUAGUGAACAGAUGUGAUUUACGUUUUUUACUACCUAGAGAAAAUGUGCCAAUUAGGUAUUUCAAAAUGUUUUUAAAACAUCCUUUUUUUUUAGGGUGUGGUUUUUAAAAGUUUUUAAAAUGUUGUGGCGCACAU